CGGCUAUUUGCAUGAAGUGCUUUUGGCCGCAGCUUCCACUGCUGCAGAAGAGCUGGGUGUCCGAGGGGAAAGCGAGGGAAGCGGAGGAGUGUUCUUGUGCGUUUUAAUUUGAAGGAUAUAAGGUGUCUGCAGUCAAUCGCAACGAAGGGAUUAAAAAAAAAAAAAAAAAACCGACGAAACGCUACAAUUGAAUGUGAAAAUGGAGCUUCCCGCCGCGGGAGAGCAUGUCUUUGCGGUGGAGAGCAUCGAGAAGAAGCGUAGCCGGAAGGGAAGGGUUGAGUACCUGGUCAAGUGGCGUGGAUGGUCCCCAAAGUAUAGUACCUGGGAACCCGAAGAGAACAUUCUGGAUCCAAGGCUGCUUGAUGCCUUUGAAGACAGGGAACGUCAAGAGCAGCUAAUGGGCUAUCGUAAGAGAGGACCGAAACCCAAACACCUUCUGGUUCAGGUCCCUUCAUUUGCCCGGAGAUCCAGCAUGCUUGCCGGCCUUCAUGAGUCAUCCCUCCAAGACAACAGCUGUCAUGACAACAACUCCGUUCCAGUGCUGCAUCCGCAAGGUCAGCAGUACCAGCUGAACAGCAAGAAGCACCAUCAGUACCAGCCCAUGAGCCGAGACAGUGAAACUGAACAGCACCCCAAUGGCAAUAAGUUCUACUAUCAGCUCAACACCAAGAAGCACCACCACUACCAGCCAGGUCUGCCAGCACCCGAGCCUAUGUUUGUGAAACCCAGAGAGGUCAGCGCUCCAGAGCUGCCCAUCAAGGGCUACAAUCUCCCCCCUGUGCUCCAGCAAAAGUGGUUCCGGGACAAGACAUCUGGAGUCUUGACCAAAGUAAAGGACAUCACAAUGGAGCUGAAAAAGCUCCCAGCAGACCUCAGUGGUCACAAAGAACUAGAGAAAGUAAAGUCUAAAGACCAUUCCCCAGCACAGCAUAAUGGCGUCAGUGGCAGUAAAUUGAAAAUUGUGAAAAACAAAAAUAAAAACGGACGGAUUGUUAUUGUCAUGAGCAAAUACAUGGAAAAUGGAAUGGAAUCGGCAAAGGUUACGAAUGGUGAUUCCCAGCCUGCAGAGAAGUUUUCACAGGGAGCUGACAGCACGGAAAGGCACCUGGAGAAGAUGGAGCUGGUCAAACAUCUUGGCCUCGUUAAUGGAUUUGCAAAGAAACCCAAAGCCGUCUGCGAAUUCACUAGAGAUUGCACCAAAGAAAACCAACAGUCUGCCCAACCUAAGCUUGCUGUGAAGGAGCAGGAUCAAAAUGUUGAGGUCAGGGGUCAGUGUCUGCUUUCAGCAGAUCACCCUUUACAAUUGACAGCAAAGCCUAAUUUGGCCUCUUUGCCUCUGGACACCUCAGUUCCCGCGUCCACUGACAAAAGGACGACCCGAGAUGAAUUUCAAGGAUUAAAGCGACACCUUUCUGACACUGACAGCGAGGAGCAUAGGAGUAAGAAGAGGUUUUUAAGCUCCCACCACACCAGCUCAUCACCCACCCAAAAUAUUAGCACUGACCAAAAUAGCCUCCAGGCUCCCUUUUCAUUGCAUUGUGACUGUGCUGAUCAAGAGGAGCCUAUAGACUUGAGCAUGAGGCCUCAAUUUUCUGCUUCUGCACUGAGCCAGCCGGAACUGCACACACAGGAUGAAACACAGAUGGACACACAAGUGAAAAACAAAACACACAGUCAGCUCCAGGCUGAAACACAAAACAUUGAAAAUGUGGACAUGGCCGACACGUUCACUGUUGGUGAACAGGAAAAGGAAAAAGUGGAGCCGUUUCAGCCGUUCCUUGGGAAUAUAGUCAUUACUGACAUUACUACGAACUGCCUCACAGUCACCUUCAAGGAGUACGUUACGGUGUAACUGUAUCAAUGAGCAUUUAAUAGAUUUGUAUUUUAAGAGGCUUGAAUGUAAAACAGGACUUUUUUUAUAUAUAUAUAAUUUUGUAUAGUUCAGAAAGGAAAGCAUUUGGAUUCUUCCUGUCUUUAUUUGGUUAUUUCCUGCAUGAUGUCAUCUGUUGUGACUUAAUCACAUGCAGUCAGUCAUCUCAAACUUUGUUCAGAAAUCAGAGAAUGUUAGAGCUAACCGGAAAUGCACUUACAUAUUUGUUCAUUUGUUUUUUAAUUGUGAUUAUACAGUCUACCUUCAAACACUUGUAUAAAAAAAUACUAUAGGCUUUAUGAAACUGUUUGAACAGAAGAAAUUUAUAUUGAAACAUGGUAAAAUACACUGUAUGUGUGCGCGUGUGUUAACAUAAAAUGUGACCAGAUGAACAUACAUUUUUUUUUGGAUACUUGUUUAAAAGUAAUAAGGAAAGCACCUUUUAAGUGUCAUUUGUAUUUUGGAGAAUAGUUUGCAACAGUAAACUUACAAUGUUGCGUAGGUUUAUAUUUGUUCCUGCCUGUGUUGUCUGACAUGCCUUGGACACACUAAUAAGAUGGUACAUUCAAUGCGGCCAUUGAUUUAAUUUAUGAUUUGCAGCACUGCAGUGUUGAUUCUUUAUUAGAGUUACCUCACAAUCUCCCGUUUAUGAUAGUUGAACUGUUGGUGCAACUGAUAGGUACCACCUCCACACAUCUUAAGCAGGUUUAGAAUGAGCACAUAUAAGAAUCCCUCAUCGAAUAAUGACAACACAAAGGUACUUAAAGAUUCUACCAGCAUAACCUCCUGCCUCUCACUUCAAAAGGCACGUUUAGAAAGAAAUGACUAUUUCAACACACGACUCCAGAGAAUGAGGCAGUUCCAUGUUUUGUGCAAAUGCUUCCUAUACAGUUUUGCAAUAAUAAAAUUAUUUGCAAGUUAAAUUGUCAGGUUGAUUUUGUCUUGAAUGUACACUGCCUUGCAUGUUGUUUGUUUACAUCAAACCUGCUCGCAGAGGUGAGUGGCUUCUUCUACACUGCAUGUGAUCCUAACAACAAC